AUCAAUAUUGUUGUAUACGACGAACUCCGUGGUGAAAUUGAGAGACUUACUGACGUUAGUAGUCUAGCUCAAAUAACACCUAAAAAUGUGUAUCCGCCACAUAAUUCGCUUGAAAUUCCAAACUUUAUACUAUUUUCAUCAAUGAAAUGCAUUAAAAAUUAGUGUUUCAGAGACAAAAAGUAAAUAAGUACCUGAUUUAUGUGAUUGUGAUAUCAUCUUAAUCCGAGAUGUAUAAAAUCUUGGUAACUUUAGUGAUAAUAUUGCUAGCUAUUGCUACACUAUCUAAAGCAGAAUGCCAAACAAGACAAAUUUACUGUUACGAAUGUGAUUCUUGGUCCGAUAUGAGAUGUAAAGAUCCAUUCAACUACACAGCUCUUCCAAAAGAUCAACCCCCUCUUAUGACGUGCAAUGGUUGUUGUGUAAAAAUGGUUAGGAACGCAAAAUCACCUUACGAAGUGGUGCGUCGUACGUGUACCUCCCAGCUUCAGAUCAACCUCUUCAUGGUGGACCAUGUGUGCAUGAUGGAAAGUAGCGGAACAGGUCACAUGUGCUUUUGUGAGGAGGACAUGUGUAAUUCAGCAUUAAAAACUAAUCAUCUUAAGUCAGAUACAGUUGUUUCGCUGCUGCUAGUCCCCUUAGUAUUGUUAUUUUCACGCCUGUGCAUGAGGUAGAGACUUUUCUUAGAUUCACUAGGCUGAUAAUGACUCCUUUGAUCGAUGCAUAGAAUGCCAGAAUGUAUUUCAUAUGAAUUUCACGGUUUAAGAAUACAUUGCUUCAAAAGUUAUGAAUAACUUCUCUGUAAAGGGCGAUUUAUAUCUCAAAAGACCAGGGCAGAAGCCUUUAAAAGUGAUGAAGGGUGAAAAAAAAAAUAGGAGCAUGAAACCCAUUGGAGAAGGAGGAGAAUAUGAUGAAAAUGGAAGAAAAAAUAUUUACGGACGAUUUGAGGUCGGGAAAGGGAGAGGGGUGAGCUUUUUAAGGUAAAAGAUUGUUUAUCCACUUUUCCUGCAAAACUACAAGUUCUAUGGAAAAAGUUGAAUAGAAAAGGUUGUAGGUAAUAGCAAGAUAUACAACUUUUGUAUUCACAUUUUUUUCUCAUAACCUCAAAAUUUAUGUUAAAAAUUGAAACAACAAUGUUUUUGGUUUUUUUGAUUUUAUCUUUUACAAAAACAUUUUUUUGGCACGAAAUUUGGUGGAAACUCACUUUUUAAUGUCCCUUACAGGUAUUCAUUUUUUCACCCUAUUUUGACCUAAUAUUGGAAAAUCAACCUAAUUUUAAAUGGAAAAUUCUCUCCUCAAAAUAUCAGAUUUUUUAAAAAAGUCAGUAAGAUUUUUGUUCGUGGAAAUUACCACUAGCUGAUAGUGUAAAAAAUAUUACCAUCACCACCAUAAAUUUUCUCAGAAAAAGCAAUAAAAGAAAAAACUCACCACAAACUUUUUUAUCAUCAUGUACAAUUUCCAGAUAUUUGUUAAAAUUUUACGCAUAAUUACUUACGUUUAUCAAUGUAACAAUAAAUCUCACGUUUUUCGUGUAAUUAUAUUAUAAAAUUUUAAUAAAUAACUGAAAAUUGUACAAAUGCUUAAAAAAAAUUUACCACGAUAACGGUAAUAUUUGUUAGUAUUUUUUGCAACGAUCAAAUAUCUCACCGACUUUUUAAAAAAAAGCUGAUAUUUUGACGGGAGAAUUUUCGAUUGCAAAUUAAGGUACUCUUUAGAUAUUAAGUAAAAAUAAGGUUAAAAAAAUUAAUAUUUCAAAUAAAAAAAAUUACAUUACAUUUGGGACAUAAAAAUGUAAGUUCUUACAAAAAUUAGUGAAAAACAAUGUUAAAUAAAGAGAUAAAAAAUAAAAAAUCAAAAUUAAAAAUCAAAAUCUGCGCUAUUUCAAUUUUUCACAUAAUUUUGAGAUUUUUUGAAAGAAAAGUGGAUAAAAAAUUGAAGAUUUUUUUUACCACAACUCUGCUAUAUUUGACUUUUUUCCAUAGGACUUUUGUAGUAGUAGUUUUGUCAGAAAUGUAGAUAAACGCUUUUUUCCUUAAAAAGUCGCCCCCUUUCUCUUGUUGAUUUCAGAUCGCCCAUAAAUUAUUUUUCCUUUCAUUUUUAUUAUAGUAGUCUUCUCCUCUUGCAAUGAGUUUCAUCCCAUUAUCACAUUUUUUUCUUUUAAAAAUCAUGGACCCUGGUCUACUAGAAUUGUACGGAAACAUGUAUAUAAAAAACUAGACACAAUAAUUUUUAAAGAGGUAUUGAAAAUCAAAAACGUAUUUUUUAACAGCUUAUACAAAAACUCUAGAAGUAUUCUCAUUAGCUCAAAUUUAUAAGAAUGGUUUAACUUGCUCAACUCCCUUGACACUGAAAGUGUGGUUGAAUGUACACCAGCCUCAUUAGCGUAAUUUCUGGAAGGGGCAAUGGGCCAGUUGCCCUCCUCCAAUAAGUUUGCAAUCAAUUCUGAUAAUGUCAAAUAUUGAAAUCUCCAAUACACCAAUACAACGAAGUAAACACAAAACUAAAGUAAUUAUGGAACGAACUGCCACACGCGGUUUGAGAAAGCAGCUGAUAAAUGCAAAGGUUCCAAGAUACAUAUUACAGCAUUGUGCACGCAUCAUUCCUUCAUUCGCCUCGCUAGUGCACCAUUUCUUUGGAUUGUAGGUAGCAGCCUGUCGCAGACAAAUCCACGUCAAGUGAGCGAAGUAGGUGGCACGUAGCAAUGUAAUAACGUGAUGGUAAGAUACAAAUUUUUUAAUUUAUUAUACCUUUUGUCUUAUGUUACCUUUUGAGCAUUUUUAUCUUAAAUGGUUAACCAAGGAAUAGUGUAGAAAAUGACCUUGUGCUGAUACAUAAAUUCAAACGUUGCUGUUUUCACUUUAGUAGAAAGUUUCUUACAGUUACAAUUUUCUGUGGGGAGGAGUCGCAGCACUCUUGCCUGUGAACGGAAAUGUCAAUUCUCUUUUGCUUUUGAAACCACAAGCUAAUUUCAAACACAAUUUGUUUUUGGAAGUCAGCAAACAAUAAUUAUGACCUAUUUUUGGCUGAUGGCGAAACUUUGGCUGCUCUGUUUAAGGAUGUGUUGUUUUCACUUGAUCUUAACAUAAAACAUUUACGAGGCCAAUAUUAUGAUGGUGCCUCAAAUAUGCGAGGACCAUUCAAAAGAGUUGCUGCGAGGAUUUUGCAAGAAAGUUCAACAGCAAUGUACAUUCAUUGCAGCGCCCAUGUGUUAAAUUUAUGCAUUGUUAGCUGUUUCACAAGUGUGGUUUCAAUAAGGUACACUUUUUUUGUUUUGCAAAGUAUAUACAACUUUAUUGAGAAGUUAACCAAGCGUCACGCAGUUUUUGAAGUUAUUAAAAAAAGUGAAAAAUCUUUCAUGGUAGAGCGGUAACUUUGAAGUCAUUGAGCGACACAAGAUGGGCUUAUUGCAUAGAAGCUGUACAUGGUUUUCUAGAUAAUUUUGAAGUAGCUUUAGAGAAGAUUUCAUCAACCGGCCAUGAUGUUGGAGCUCAAGCGAAUGCUUUAUUGAAAAGCAUAGAGGAUUUCACUUUGUUUUUGAUUUACUUCUACUGAGAAGAGCUCUUAUGCAAUGCGACAUUUUAUCAAAGACACUACAGUGCAGCAGUGUGACUUAUGAAGUAGUUAUGUCAGUAAAAAAAGCACGCUUGAAGUUUUGCAGUCAUUCAGAUCAGAAGAGUUUUUUUCUAAACUCUACAAUCACUGCAAGGAGGUAGCUGAGAAAUGUGGUUUUAAAGAAGCUAAACUGCCGAGAAGACGAAAACUUCCAGUAAAAUUAGGUAGAAGUAUAGUUCCCUUUGAGACGGUUCGAGAUUAUCAUAAAUGUCCAAUCUCAUUCCCAGUCAUUGAUAUAUCAGUUUCUUGUGAGAGAUCUUUCUCUUGUUUACGGCGUUUAAAAGCAUAUUGCUGAAACACCAUAGGGUAAGAAAAAUUGUCCUCUCUUGCUCUUUUAGUCAUAGAAAGAAAGAAUGAUAUUGACAUUCCAAAGGUUAUUAAUGAGUUUAGUUCACGCCGAGAGAGACGACUCCAUUUUGUUUAAGUAGUAUCGUUCUAACUUCUUCAACAUUACUUUAUCUGCUUAGUCAAGAAUAUUUCUAUUUGUAAGUUAUAUUGUCACAAUCACGUCAUCUCUUCACAAGUUAGUGUUCAUCUUUUAUUUUUGCUUCUUUUAUGCUACAAUAUUUUCCGAUGCUGCUUAUUGAUUUGAAAGUAUGAUAUUUAUAUGUUUUAUUUUAUUAUAACAUAUUAUUGUCCUAUUUCAAAUCUUUCCCCCUCCCCAAUCAAAAUGCUGAAUUUACGCCCAUGAGCAGCCUUAGCAAAAAGAUAUAACUACUCAUCAAGUUGGAAAGUAUCAUACGAAUUAUCUAAAACUAUGACGAUAUUUUAGUUUUAAUCGGGGCCAUCGGGGAUUAUUACUUGUUUGUCACUAAAAAUGUGGCAAAUCGAGUUAACAAUAUAAAUAUGGAGCUUUAUUAGUUAUUAAAAUAAAUUAUCUACAGAGUUUGUAAUUCCCAAGGAUAGUAGUUAGCGUACCACGACGUUAACGAUUUUUUUUUGGUAAGGGUGCAUAUCUAAAUCAAUGUUAACCCCGUUUUAUCACGCGAUCACAGUCCUAUUAUAUUUUAUGAAACAUUUGGAAGCCUUCGUAUAAAUCAGUUGGGUGCGCUACAACUCGUGACUAUUUUCAAUCCCCUGAGAUAGAGACGAGACAAAACGGGACGGGGAUAUUUCAGGUAAACGCAUGGUAGUCCAUAUACAUAAUAUAACGGAUUUAUUGAGAGUAUUACCUGGAAUUUAGUAUAUAAUCCACUUUGUAAAUUCAAAAAUUAAAACCUUGAAUUUCUAAAUUCUAUUUUUGUUCUUCAUUUCAUAAUUAAAAUCCCAAACUUAAUCUUUCCUCACGAGUUGUCUAAUCUUCAUGACAACCACUAUCACAAAUUGGCACAUUGUAACAGGAUAUGAAGUUUUAUCGCGGGUAUUAAAAUUACGAGUUGGCGCUGGUCCAAUCAGUUUAAUAAGUAGAAGAACACAAUUUUCUGAUUGAACAGGUAAGUUUGGUAGGUGAAGAAAUCUUCUUGGUUUUGGUUAACAAUAUUUUUCGUUCAUUCAUAUCACAAGUAAGUAAGCAAAACAAGAGAACACAAUAAUUCAUCAUUCAUCUUCUUGACUACAUUCUGUGCAAAUGAAAACGGUCUGUUUCUUGCAAACUGGAAUUAUGCAAGUAUUUCAGCGAUUUUGGUCAGUAAAAACAUCUUUGUUUCAUUUCAUUUAUUGUUGUCCAUGCAAUAAACAUUAUGUGGGUGGCUAUUUAUUUGUGUGAGAUGAGCAGUAUACAGAAAACUGUAAUUGGCUAUAUAUUAUCUACUAAUUACUGAAUAGUCGAAUUUCAAUCUAUAAUCCACAUCAACACCAAAACUAUUAUAAAAAGUUUUGCGUUUUAGAUCGUCUUUCAAUAAAGGCUCUAUAUUGUCAUCGUCGUGUAACGUUAAUAACAUCAGGACUAAUUUAUAUGAUUUAUUCAAAUCCACCGGUUAGUUUUCUAUUUCGUUCUGUAUUACCUUUUAAUAUAAACUAACUAGCUAACUCCGUUAAACGACCUCAUUUAUAUGCCAAAAACGAAUUUCUAAAAAAUAAACAAACAAAUAAAUAAAUAAGAAGACCUUCCUAGAAAUUAGUUUCCAACAUAACAUAAACAAAUUGCCGCUGCUUAUAAAAAAGGCAUAUCAAAGGCGCCGCGAAUUCACCAAAUUUUAGAAUUUUAUUAUAACUGGACAGGACCCGCUUCACAGCCCAUGUCCUGAACGAAUUCGUGACAAUACACUGGUUUCCAUUAUUUUAUUCUUUCUCACAUGAAAAUAUGCAACUUUUUAUCUGUCAAUUUUUAAAAUCCAUCUUAAUGGGGAUUUCUUCGAAUUUAUUAUCAUAGUUGACGUAGACAAUUCACAUUUCACUUAUACCAUAACAGACCUCUAAUAUUUUAUCGAUUUUCACACACUCAUUAUUUAUAUAAUUAUCCUCGCAUCGUUGGAGAAACUAAGCGAAUAUUGGUCGAAUAGAAGCCGAUUAUCUAGAUUGCUCUCUCCAUUCUAGUAUUGUAAUCGUCAAAUCUUGUCCAAAACAAUCUGCUAUGCCGUAAUUAUAACAAAAAUAAGUGUUACCUUCUAUAGGUACAUUUGAAAAGAAUCAUAUGAUGCACAACUCCUUGCACUUUUGUAUAAAGGUUCCAUUUUAUCCCAUUUUUUAUUAGUACAAUCAACAAUAUGAUAAUCCACCUCAUUUCUGAUAAGCAGUUUCUAGUAGUCUUAAGAUGUUUUGUAUUGUUUUGUUAUAUUUUUUUCGGGUUUUGGCAUUCUUAUGGAUGUUAAAGCCAUACCAUUUUCCACAAUAUUGGUAAAAAAGCUAAGAUACUCAAAUUAUCUUUUAACUUUAACCUAACUUUAAACCUAACAUGCGCCUCCCAUACUGGUUCGCCUUCAUUCUCACUACAGCCCAGUUAUGGUAGCCAUACACGUUAAAGUUCACCGAAACAUCUAUGGGAAUAAGCCUAGAGUCUUUUGUACCUGGACAGCAAGAUCGAAUAUCAUUUAUUUCGAGUGACACCGUACGGUGUACCUGUGCAGAUGUGCGUGUACUCCGGUGGCCUCGUAGAUUGCUUCGUUGUUUGUCUCGUUGAUCGCAUUGUAUUAUCAGGAAUACCAAUUCAAUUUUUGAAAAUGGCACAAUGACAUUCAACAAGAAAAUUACUCGAGAAUUCUAUCGGAAUUUACGGAAUGUUCUUGGCAAAUUAUUAACAUGAAAUGAUUGAGACAAAAUGAAGCUGCAAAUAACUUGCUCAUAACAAAAUUGAAAUAAAUUGAAACAAACUUAACACCACUUUCUUCCCUUCCUUUUCAUUGCUAUUGUAUUAUUCAUCUUCAAUAUUGAAGCAAGGUCUAAUAAUGCCAUCAUGCCUUCAUCGUCUAUCAUUGCCAUUACACAAAGAACCUGUACACCGGAACAUCCCCAUAUACGAUAUAGACGUUCGGUUGACCAACUAAAGCAUACCUGUAAAGUACAGGUAACCUCUGCUGUGAACCGUAGCGUGAAUGGUUUAAUUUAGGUGUUUUGAACUGUUAUUAUGCAUAUUUAGACGCCGAAGUUUUAUUUACUGGCGAAUCAAAGAAUCCGAAAAGCUGAGAAUUUUUCUAACAUCGCCAGUGAUCGUGAUUAAGGGUGAAAGAAAUCAAAAGUUCUUGAAAUAAUACAUUUCAAGUCUACUGAUUUAAAGCAAAUAUUCUCAGCGAAUAUUCUUUGACUUAAUCAGGAUUCUGGACGUUUUCAUAAAAUAUUUUUUUAUUUAAAUCAAAGUUACAGAGUACACUUACUAUUCGAUUAUUAUUUUCAUCUUUUUUUGUAGCAGUUACAUAUCAGGCAUAUUUAAAUACAUAUCAAUGUUUCAGUCCGCUGAAGCUCAAUGUCUUAAUGCAAUAAUAAUAAACUUGUUGAGUUUUUGGAAGAGCGAUAAGUGAAAGAAAUCAAAUAUAAAAAUAUUUCGAUUUUCAGACCUAAAUCUAAUAAUAAUCCAAUUAGGCUGUGUUGAUUAUUCAAAAAAGCAAUUAUUCCAAACAAUUCUUAGGUAUUUGAAAAUUAUUCUACAAAUUAUGGAAAUACCUACUUAGACAUUUCAUAAUAACAUAAUUCAAUCAGAUCGCCCCAUACCGAGACAGGAUGCUGCAAACAUAAAUAAAAUUUCAAAACAAUUAUUUCGGUAUAUACUUUUUGAAGCAAUGUAUGUCGACUAAAAAUAAGAUAUUGUAUAAAUUAAAACCUUCAGAAUGAAGCUGAUUAUUAAAGGCGAGUUCUCAUUGGCCAAUUUUAUAAAUCAAUACUUUUGAAUCUAUGCGAUUGAACAAAGUGCAAUCGAAAAAAAAAUUUCACUCUUGAUGAAACGUUGGGACUUAGAACAGUUUUUGUCUGGAGCUUGUUUCAAAUCCACGACAACAUCUACUGAAAAUUACUUUCUAGACCCUAACUGUCACGACUCUUAAAUAUAAUUUAAAUGCAUGCAUGAUUUUUUUUGCUAACAAGAAAAUUUUUUCGGUUUUAUCGCAGUAAAAAAAAAUGGACAGAUGAAAAACGAAAAUCCGUAAUCAUUUUUUCCAAGAUCAUACAAACACACACACGUUAUGCAUUGCCUUUAUAAAAAGCUUCCUCGAUAAAACUGUACGACCUCAAUUCUGAAACUCUUUUGUGUCGAUUGGAACAAUGUUUUCUUUUUUAACAUUUUUUUUUCAUUUACCCAUUUACUUUGCCCUUAUCUAAUAUGAUAGGAAAGUGAGGAGUACCUGGUUUUGAUUUGUUUGCGUCCAAUGUGACUGUUAGAUGAAUCUGCACCACCCAUAGGUUUGUUGGAGAUUAUAAUCUUUGUUUUCUCUGCAAACAGCUGUUUCCGUUGUCUGUCCAGUAAAAGUGGACAUUUGGGUAGACUAAGGUCUAUUGUAACAUUUCAAUGGACUAUAAAUAUUUUGAUAAUUAUUCUGAAACGAUCUUUAUAUAUAAUGAAAGUGUUUCGAUGCGACUCGACUGUACGCUUGUUGUAGCGUUUUCUCACGAUCAAAAAUUUGUUAUGACACGAUUCCAAUUAUCAACCAAAAGUUGAGAUAGAUCCGAAUUAAUAUAAAUGUGAUAUUUUAUUUCAAUUGCAUAAAUUCAUCAAUAAAACUGACAAAUGAGAAUUCGUGUUAGUAUUAUUAUAACGUUAUAGCAGAAAUAAAAGAUAAUCACGAAGAAAUCUUAUGUUCAAAUUACGAAUUUAUGAUCUUAGACUACUGAAUGAAAUCAUAAUUUAAUAAGAUACUUUCACUUUCAAGAUUUUAAUUUAUAUGAAACUCAAAAGUGAAUCCCAUCACAGUCGAUAGAAAAAAAAGUGAGUACCAGAUUAACUUUAUUUAAUGAGAGAACAAAUCAAGAAUGUAAUCGGUAUCUAAUAGAACAUACAUCCUCACAUCCAUUGUUCAUCGUCAAAUGUCAAAGGUUUAUAUGUUAAAAAAAACAAAUUAUAAUCAAUGUUGAAUUAUAUGAAAAUAUUUUAACUUUAUGGAUUGAACCCUUCUGACCUUUAGACAAUAAACUAAUAGUUGAACUAGAACAGUAGAUUUCCUUAAACUGCUUUCCCGAUGUCGUAUAGUUGUUAUCUCCUGUCAAAAUAUUAGACGAUUAUCAAAUGAGAGAAUCGAUGAUUUUUCAAAGAUACAUUCAUUACCUACAUAUCGCGGUUACAAUUGUAAAAAUACAAUAAUAAUUCAGUAAAGUAAAUUCUUAGAGUAAAUUUUUUAGAUUCUAGUAUAUGUUACAAAAAAUUAUCUGGAGAAACAACUUUUCGUUCUUUGUGAUAGUUCUGAUUCACAGUAUAUUUGUUUAUUAGACAUAGUUAUAUUGAGUUAAUACAAACAUUAAAAACUAAGAAAAAUUUUGUGCGAUUCAAUUAUUUUAAAAAGGCCUCGACAUUUGCAUGGCCACCGCGUUCCCCUGAAUCAAAUACAAUGAAUUCAUUUUUAUAGUAUAUGCAACACCGAGUACAAUAAACACUUUUUACACAAGUUGCACACAAUAUUUUUCCUACGUCCAUGAAAAAAAAAUUCAUUUUUGUCUGACAUUUCUAGAACUGCAGAGUUGCAUAAUCCAAAUCAUACUAGUCGUGAUCGCCUAUGUUUGAGGCUUUUACGUUUGUGUUUAUAAAUUGGAAUCAUAUGGCAUUUUAGAAAAAAAUGCAUUUUCCAGUAAUUUCGUAAUCCAGUAUAUAAUAAAAUAUGAUUGGUAAUAAAAUAAAAUCCGCAAUUCUUUGAAACAUAUUACCAUCUCACAAAAAAGGACUCAUUUGAAUGUUUGAAUGUUCAUGUUUGUCUUAAUAACAAACCUCUGUGCUUUAAUGACAGAUAAGUGCAAUAAGCACUUAUUCACAGGAUUAUAAUUAGAUCAGCAAUCACUGUGGCUUGAUUUUACAGAUCUAACAAUUCUACGUGUUGCAAUUACAAGAAUAUACAUACAGAAAGUUAAACAGCUACAAUUCUACUUGUAACUAUUACCUUACAUUUGUUAACUCAUAUGUCUAGAAAGUUCAAGACAAAAAUUGGUGUUUUUAUUAAUUUUGUGGAAAGAACAAAAGAUUUUAUGUCGGAACAAAUAUUGCUGCAUUUCCAAGUAAACUAUACAAACAGUUACACGUUUGCAAUUCUACGUUAAUUUUUUAUUGAAUUUAAAGUAGAAAAAAUUAAGACUAGACAAUUUUCCAACUGUAUUUCAUCACAUUCAAUAUUUUUUACGUAUUUUUACAACGAGAAAAAUAUUGAUUCAUGUCUACUGUACAAUGUAAUCACCAGCUGGAUCGUCUAGUAUUCUUGACAGUUAUAGGAUAAAAUAAGCAUUGUCCAUUCCUCCAACACUUUAACUAUGUAGCAUAUCAAAAAACUGUCAUACCUACUCAAAAAUUUUUCAUAUCAUUGUAGUGUUCAUCAUUUGGAAAGUCUUUAAUCACUCAUGUAGAAUUGAUUGAUGCAUUUUAAAAUGAAUUUGUAGUGUACCUUAUCACUCAAAAGCUAAUGUUCACUCAUUUUUAUGUGAAAUAAUAUAAAUGUAUUGUUUCUAGAUGAGUCAUCAUACAUCAAUUUGAGCAUUUAUUUCUAGCAAAUACAUUGAUGUUUAUCCAAUUAUGCGGAAGAAGUUAAAUAGCUUUCAAAUUAUUAGAAUUCAUUUAAACCAGAAUGACAUUAAAAAAAAGGAGUAUAUCUUAAUUAAUACUGUAAUUUAAUACCAAUACUAAGAAUUUCAAUCAUAAAAAUUUCUAUUUCUAAACCAUAUUGUCGACUGUGUGAUGUAUCCUGGCCAUGGGACGUAACGAAGCAAAAAUAAUGGUCACCCGCAUACAUUAUGCUAUUAAAUUGUUCAUCAUUAGAAAUUCAUAUAGAUUGAAAAUUUACAUCCUUGCCUACUUCUCGAAAUUUUUCUUUCUUGGACAAAUUGUCUGAUUUAAUUAAAAAUUUCUAUGAAAUAUACUUGUACUUCGUAGUUGUGAUCCCUGAAACAACAUCUGGAUCGAAUUUACAGAAAAUAAUGAUUGAAAAACAAUGUAAUUUCUGCACAUAUCCAUCUAAUAGAAUACAAUUUUGGAUGUGUAGAGUUUCAAGGGAAAUAGUUUAUUGAUCCUUCAUGACCGUGUAUCGUUUUUAUUUGACUCCAUUGUGUAGAUUUUACUAAUUAACUUAACUUAUGUUGUGAAGUAAUGUAUCAUUUACUAAAAGCAAGGCUAUCUGAACAUCGAUGAGCCCUAAUGUUUUUAAUAAUCUUCCAUUUGAACUUUAAAUAUCUAACACGCUCUAAUAUUUUAAAGUGAUUAUUUUUUUUACAUUUUUGAGAAUUUGCGAACUUUUCUCCACCACUGAAAGAGAAACGUUAUAGAACCUUUAUUCAUCUAAAGUUCAAAGUCCAAAAGGUUCCCAUGACGCCUGAGUAAAUCCCAAUAUACCCUCAGCAGUCUUUUACUAAUUAUAAUUUACGUGAUAACACAGUCUCUAUAAAAUUGUGAAUCCAGUAAGUAAAUAUUGAUAACUCUUAUAAUUUAAAUUUUAAAUAGGUUUUAGUAUCUCAAAUAUCUCAUAAAAUGUAAAUUAGCAAAUACUAACGAUUAUUAACUAAUACUAUACCUCAAUAACGAAAAAACGAAAUUACUUUAAUAUAAAAAAGAGUGAUACUACAAAUAUUAAGUACCCAAACUUAUUUUUAUAAAAUUAGUAUAAGCUAAGACAUUUCCUUAAAAACAUUUAUCAUUCACAAUACUUCUUACAUUUUAGCACAUGCUGUUUACAUGACUCAUUUUUGAGUAAUCCCUCUCCUGUCACUAUAUUUUUGGUUAGUAGCUAAUCGAAAAGUUUUGGCUUUUUCCAUUCAGCGUAACGGUUGCUGGUCGGUAAUAAAUAUUUUAUUCGACUAGAAUAUUUUCCGCCUUUGGAUGCUUGAUAAAUUUGCAUAGAAUAGCCAGAAAAUUCAAAACAAGAAUUUUCAUAAAUUUUGUCCAUCACUGAUAUUACCAGUAUAUUUUCCACCUGCUCAUAAAAACUGUGCCACCAUCCAUUUUCAAAUAACCUGUUAACAAAAAGUAUAACGCAGGCUACAAAUUUUGUUUGUUUUUCAUUGCCAGAUUAGAAUCGGGAAAAUGGGAUUAGUUUUGAAAUUCCUAGUGUCUCACCUUCUGUACACAUACUUUUAAUUUCUCAUGUAAUGUUAAAAUGGGAACCCUAACUUUAAGCAAGUCAUCUAAGUAAAUUUCUAUCUUUAUUCUAUAGAAGAAAAAAAUCAACUCCUAUGAUAGGGCAACAUAAAUCUGAAAUAGAAUCAUGCAGAAAAAUUAUACUGUAAGAUACGACAAAUCAAAACUAUCAAUACCCUUCAAAAGCUUAUACAGAAAGAAUUUGGUAUAUUAUGAUAAAUUUUAUUUGAAAUAAUUUGUUUAUAGAGGAUCCAAGGAAAGUGUGAGAAUACAAAUGAACUAGUAAUUUGUUAACAUAAAGAUUAAUAUUACUGACCAGAUUUAACAUUUGAACACAUUUACAAUCUAACUCCAAAAAUGAUAAAAUAUUGAUGUUAGUGUUUCAUUCUAAUUUCACAGCAGAAAGUGAAAUUCUAUUUAAAAUUUUAGCAUCGUCUUAAGAUUUGUACUUGAACUCUUUAUUUAGAUUAGAAUUAGUAUAAUAUAACGAUUAUUAAACAAUAUUGCACUAAAAACAUUUAUUUUAAAUGAAAGUUCGAGUACUCUUCAAAAACCAGUUAGAUUUUUUUAUAUCAAUUUACAAAACUUUUUAUAGAUUUUGGAAUUUUGAAUUUACGUGACUUUUGAUUACAAAAGAACACUCUUUCUAGAACAUCUUAAAGGGGCUCUGUUGGAUUCAAAUUAAGGAUACGGGGUAGAAUUUUGAUUCGAUUCAAGUACAGUUAUUGCAAUAUAAGUCAUUAGAUUAGUAUUAGAUUAUUUGAAAAAUGUUUACUAGCUUAAAUAUUGCACUUAUAUACUUUUGAACUAACCCCAAAUGGCUCCUCAUGAGAGAUAGUACAAUGAUUAAAUUUUGCUCCAGAUCUGUGCAAUACUUUAUCACAACCAUAGGGAGAUUUGAGUCGCCCGAUUUUCAUAUGUGCACAACAUUCUCGUGUACUAUUUCACAUCUAAUGUACUAAUAUUUGGCAAAUCUUAAUAUGCGUACUUCUACGAGAUUCGGCUCAUUUUAGCGGUUGAAGCAGAAAUCCUGACAUUUCUAAUAAUUUUGAGUUUUCAACAAGUACACUUUCCAUUUUGGCCAUAAUUGGCCACAUAAUGCAUAGGUACUCCUUUAUUUUUCCAUCGGAAUUGAAGCUCUUACAUAUACAUUUAGGAUCUACUUAAUUAAUUCACACAAAAAAAUCAGUAAAUUGAUAACCCACUCAACUUAUUGGGAUUAAGCAAAUGAGCUAAAUUUAUAAUCUAAUAUUGGAUCGAUAUUUAUUCAAAAUUAAUUAAAUUAAACAGUUAUGUUAACAACUUAGUUAUACUGUGUAAUCUGUAUACUGGCACAAAAUUUAGGAAUCUCAAUAUAACUAAAUAUCACCUCAGAAUUGGAACAUUCUCAAAAAUUUGGCGUUAUAAAUCUAUUAAGCAACAAGCAUUGAUAUUAAGUGGAUAUAUAAAUAUUAAAUAAUGUGCCUUAAAAAUGAGUUAAAAAACUAAAUUUUUGAACAAAAUCAUAGUGACAUUUAGUCUGUCCAUAACGAAAUAUUACGUUUACACAACUUGGACUAGAGUAUCCUAUUUAUUUUGAUGAUUAUUAAUACUUUGCACGUAAAUUAUGGACAUUUAUAAAUAAAUAAUUCAUAACUUUGACUUUUGCCCUUCCACCAUCACCAUUAUACCGGAUUUCUAGGGAAAAACAUUUUUAUAAGUCCAUAAUUGAAUUUUCAACAUUUUACUUUUCACUAGGUUUUGGUUUUUUCAGGAUCACUUAUACAGAAUCUGAUUUUUUUUCUUCCUCACUCACUCUUGUUUUCACUGGCUAUUCUAUGUAUUUUCCAGAACUUCACAACAACGAAACAAAUUAUUUUCUUUGCAAUGCCCCUCAAUCGGAUUGUUGAUGUAAAACUUUGUUUUUCAUUUCUUUUUAUACAAUUACAACUAAAAUAAUUUUUAGCUUUUUAUCAAGGCUACUUUUAGUACACAAUACCAUGUACAAGUACUGAUUUGCACUGCACAAACACUAUAAAAUUUUUGCAUAAAUAUAUUCCAAUAUAUAACUAUUCCCUCAUCCUCUGAGAAGUUGAGAAAAAAAAUUUAAACUGAAUAUUCUUGUUGUCGAAAAUACGCCUUAACUUUGCAAAUUCAUCCUUUCCAUUCAGUUGACUGUUAUCAGGCAAAGGCAAUUUUUUUUGCCAUGAAGUUGCUUGUGCUUAUAAUAGUGUUUUUCACUAAUAUUACGAGCAAUAAAAUACCGAAAUGAUCAUUUGGACCUUAAUGGGUUAACAGUUGCUUUCAACUAGAUUUUAGUCGUCUUUUUAGUUAAUAAUACAGCAAGGUAGCUAUUAAUGUGACUUGUUGGUAAAGUAGUAAAGACUUUCAAGUGCUUGUUAAUUAAUAUAAUUUGCAUGGUAUUAUAUAUAGUUAACUUAGUUACUACAUUUGAAUUAUUUCAAUACUUUCGACCCAGAUUCAUUGAUAUUGUUUAUACGAUUUUUAACGAGCUGUAUAUAUCUGUAUUUUUUGAACAAAUUCACUCUAAUAUGCAUGUAUGUUGUAUUUUGUUCAAAAACAAUACAAAGAUGAGCUUUCUUCUAUAAAUUAAUCAAGAAAAUUGAUCUAAGACCUGAAAUAUACAACUCGUUGUUCUAAAUAACCUGAGUUGAAGAAGUUGAUAGGAUACUUGAAAUCUCCAUCAUAUUCAAGAGAGUAACAAAAUUAUUCACAUUGAACGAUAAACAAAGUUUAUAUUCAUAUGGUAACUGUUGCUUGAUACUCAAUAUCUGGAGGUAUUGUUUAGUGUGCCGAAGAACUAUUUCUGAACUUAAUACUAGGUUUACAUAGAAACUUCUUAAUAGGAACUGUAUUAACAAAUAAAUGAAGAUAUAAAAUGGGCAAUCAAUAGAUAUCAGAAACCCAUGCAUGUACAUAUAAAUAUUCACAUUCUUUGCUUAGAACCUUAAAGAUUGAUUCAAAAACUAGCGGCUCUGAUCGCUGUCUAUAGUCGGGCUUGCCCACCACCUUGGACCGAUCGUGGAUAGAAAAAAAUAUAUAAUUUCGUAGAUAUAAAAACAAUCAACUUAUUAUCAUUAUCAUAUGAAAACAAAUUUGAUUGACUGUUUCCAUUUACCACAGAGAUUGUACAAACAUCGACGAAAUAUGAAAUGUAGAACAUAAACCUCGAGGGAAAACGCUGUGGCAACGGUAUUUCGAAAAACUUACCGCAUUUCAAUGAUUCACAGCAAAGGAAACGUGAGGUUUAUGAAUCGCCCAAAUUCUAUAUAGCGGCUUGUUUUCCUUGUUGUGGACGUACUUUGCUAUAUCAAAUUUCUUCCAACAUCGCAUUAUAUCCAUUUCAGGAUUACAUUCCAUAUUAUCAAGUAUGAAUUGGAUAAUUCAUCUGAUGUAAUAAAGAUUUGAGGUUGUUGUGGUAGUAGUUAAAAAUAUCACUUUUAUAUUUGAAUGCAUAAUUUGAAGUUAGCAAAGAGGCUUUGUUGCAUUACCACUCAAUCUCCAGAUGCAUUAAAACAUAGCAGCACUGUAAUACUAGCCUUUGCUGCGUUAAAUCCUGUGAUGGACUUUUUAGGAAGAAAUGAAUGAUUUGUUUGGCAGUUUCUUCAAAAUCAGUGAAAUUUCCUCUGAAUCAAGUUUAUUAUGCAAUAAUAAUAAUAAUAAUAAUAAUAUAAUAAGGGUAUAUCAAAGGAAAAGGCUUAUACAGCGACGAUACCAUUUGACAACAUUCAACUGCCGUUCAAGUUUUUGAAGAAAUUAAUUUGUAGCUUUUACUUCCUCGGCUGGAGACUCUCCUUAGGAAAUGGUAUUCGGCGUCAGUUAAAGUAUAUAAAUAACUGGUACUUAGAUGGGGUGAACAAUGCAAAAUUAAAUUGCUCCAGAUUUUAAGCAAACGAAGUUAAAAGUGAAUGAGAAAAGGUAGAAAAGGUUGUAUUUAAAAACUGGGACUUAUCUAUAAGAGGCCGGAAUGGUUGCAGCCCUCAACUGAGUUCCAAUUUUUUGGAAUUGAAUUGUUUUUGUUGAUGGUGGUACAUCGGCUGGGUCCUUGUGGUAGUCAAACUCCUGUAGAACAGCGAAUAUAAUGAAUAGUAUUUUAAAAAUAAAAAAAAAAUGAAUUUACUACAUUUACUUUGGUUUGAAACUGAAUAAUAUAGAUAAAGAGUGUUUUAGAAAUGACACUGAGGUUUUAUUGAAUUCUUCGAGUAACCUAACGUACCUUACAGGCUUAAUGGAAGAGAAGCAUGAAUUAUGAGCUUUCUUGUACUUUAAAUUUCAGAAGGUAUACUUGUAAACAUGAAACUAUUAUUAAAAUUUCAAGCAAACUUUUAAUAAUGAAAGUUUAAAUAUUUAAAUUUAUAUUGUGCUACAAACUUUAAAGCGCUGAAGUUGGAAUGGAAUGGUGAGUAAAAUAUGCGAAAACAGUGAGGCGUAUUAAAAUCGUCAUUGAAAUUUUAAACAAAUAACAAAAAUAUUGCUCUCCCACACAUAUUUUAAUAAUAUACAAAUCAUUUAAAUUUUUAUUUUCAGUUUUAUUUUCCAUUUGUACAAAGCUUUUUAGGACAUUGAAUAUUAUUCUUCUAAUUUAAUAUCCUCGAAUAUUCCAAAUUUUUUUUUAUAUAUACUUACUAUUAGGUAUGCAAAACCGAAAAAUAGAAGAGAGGAUUCGUCCGAUGCACUAUCUCUAACACUUCCAUGAUCAACUUAGAUCAUAUUCUUUAAGAACACAGUCGACACGAGUGUUCAGUCUUUAGUGAAAGAUUUUUGCAGGUAAUGCUGUAAAUUCCCCAUUUCAAUUGUUCUAUUUUCGCGUGUUAGAAGGACUUACACUGACCACGGUUUCCGUUUUUUUCUUUGCGAACAAAUAGAAAUUUGUUUUUCCAUUAUUCUUGUGAUACAAACACUCGUUAGUACGUCCACGCACUUCGCACACGCACUAUUUGUAGCUUCGUUAGCUACCAAGUCUGCCUCUUUGUAUCCUUUGUUUUAUGUUAUUGGCUGGUGAAAGUUGUAAUCUCUUUAUUUUAAUUCCGAAAUGUAUUUUUUUUAUUUAAUAGAAUUAUGUUAAGAGGAUGUGUGACUCUUGAAUGUGAGUAGCUUCAUUACAAUAGACAAAGCAGAUGAGAUUGGAGAAAAUCUAAAGAAAUAAUAUUUAGAUGUCGGCACAUGUACCGUCUUGCUUUAAUUAACAUGUAAUCUUUGUUUAGUGCUUAUUAAUUCCGUAAUUAUACGGAAUUCUAUCUUUCCUGAAUAAUUUACAGAGUCGAAAUGUUUUUCUAAUAAUAUAAAUCAUAAAUUUAUGAGCGAAUAAAUUAUUUGACAUUAUCAUGAGUCUUAUUAAACUUGGCAUUUGCUUUGUUUAUUAUUACAGAAUGAUCUACUACUUUGAUACAAUACUGGAUAUAUUUAGCUUCAUCAGUUUGACAACUCUUAUUAUAUUUUCGCGGUGAACAUGCAAAUCUUUAAAUUCUCAGGAAUCGUCGCAUCUUUGUUUAAAACUUUUUCAAAAUAUUAAAUAUGCCAUUAUCAUAAGUAUAGCUAAAAAGAGCGAGUAUAAUAAAAUAUAUAUUGAAUCAAAAUAGCUGAAUUAAUAUAAUUACAAUUUAUUUCUAUGCCAUUAUGGCACGAGUUCAUGUUCGAUAAUAAAUUCAAGAACUUUUGGAAAAUAGUUCAGUUCAUUUGUAUUUUCUUCAAGAUAAUUUUUUUCCUUCCACCUGUGCUUGCCUUUUACUUGUAGUCGUUUCGAAUAAAGUCGUAUAACCACAGCGCAUUUUUGGAUAACUACGAGUAUGUAAGGCAACAAAAUACUCGCGGUAUAAUUUUUUUCUUGCUUAGUGAUCGACUUUACUACCGUUUUUCUCUUAAUUGUUUUAUUGGAUUCUGCGAUGUCUAUAAAAUUCUGUAGAAAUAUCACUUUGCCGCCAGUACCUACCAUAUAUAAUAUGAAAUACACCACAAAACAAUAUGCAAUUUGAGUUACAUACCGAACUUAACGAUGUUACGUUUCUGAUCAUCUCAGAUCAUGUUCGUCUGCAAUAUAUCAGUCCUGGAAAAGUGUAUUAACGCUAUUUUCAUGAGAUUACUCAAAUAUGCGUAAUACCAUUUUGAAUAAGACCAUGGCCAACUAAAUAUCUUAGCUUGAUUCGGUUAAAAUACAGCGUCAAAGGCAGUGUCAUAUUUUUAAAGUGCCGUCUUUGAAUUUGUAAACGCCUACCGUCAUUGAAGAUUUAUGGUUAAUUAUCACGUCGAAAUAAGUGAAGCCGAUUCAAUCAAAGCUAUGCAUUUGGUCAUGAUCCCAUUCAAGAUAAUUAGGCAAUCUACGAAAUCUACCCGUGUUAGUUUAACUUGGUGUUUCCUGCAUUGACAGUUAUUUUGUAUUGUUUUAUUGUUUCAUGAUGUUAAGAGGACAUAUACAUUUUACAUCUAUUUCAGUGAAAAUAAUACUGCUAAAAUCGAGUAUUAUGGCAGUUUUUUUUUAAAUUAGUCUGCAAGAUUUCAAGCAAUUUACAAAAUUUUGUCCACUCAUACUAAUCUUGUGCUUAAAACAAGGGAGUUUUGUUAAAGAAAAUUUACAUUGUUGCGUUCUCAAGUUUAUCAAACAUGGAUAAACUUAAGCUUUAGGUGGAAUUAACCUUUUUUCAUUAGAUGCAAAGAGCUUUAAUCUUAAUUCUACUCAGUUUCCACGAGUUUCCAAUAUACUUGCGUUUCAGAUUGUAUUUACCGCUUGUCUAUAUCGAGCAUAAAAUUACAUAAUGGAAAAACCGACAAAGUCACGUUUCAGGGAGGAAAUUUCGCACUUUUCAUAGUAACUCUUCGAGAAGCAAUUUCGUAAUAAAACUGGAAAUAGUAAGGUCUAAAAUCGAUUAAAUAAAUUUAAAAACUUUGGCGGCGGCAUUGGCAUCAGCUUAUUUUGAUAAUUCGUUAGAUUGCGCAAUAGUUACUUCUAAGGGAGAUACAUAGAAACACCCUUUCAUUGGUAUUAAUGCGAGCUGCGAAAUAGAUACAUAAUAUAAUUUGAAAUGAACAGAUGUCGACAAUUUAUGGUUACAGUUAGAUGAAUUUAUAAUACGAGAUCAAGUUACACACUACAAUCACAAUUUGAUUCAAAUCAUACACAAACCAUUUUCAAAUGAUAGAAUCAUUUGGUGAUAAAUCAUGUAACGUAAGCUUAUGUGUUAUGACUAAAGAUGCACUUUAAUAUGUAAAUAUUGCACAAUAUGAACUAGCAUGUUAAAACAAAAGAGCUUUUAUACCAAUUUGAAUUUAUCCAAAUCUUAUACACACACUCUCCACCUCACAAAAGUAAUUUAAGGCCUAUUCUCGUUAUUUACUUUAUGUACGCAACUGGGGUCUCCCAAAUAUGACGACCCUUUACAAGAUUAUAUCAAUGAUCUUGCACUGUGCCGUCUUUGUGAUACCUCAGAUCUCUUAUUUGUAGAAUUAAAUGUAAAUACAUAUAUGUAUAGCAUUCCAUGUUAUUAUUGUUAAAGUAGUAUAUAAUAUAAUGUACAGAUAAAUGAAAAAUUAUAAAUCUUUACCAAAUAA